GAGCGUCUGAAUGAUUCAUUUGAGGAGCAUCUGUGAGCGCGCUGACUCGGAGAGUUUAACGGUGUUUAUAAUUUCCUUGUUAGUAGGCGAAUAAUCAUUUUAAAAGAAUUAACCCACCCCACUGAGGUAAAACAGGACUAGUUUGUUGACCCAGUGACUUCAGCAAGAGCGACCGCGAUGCGUUUGGAGGUGGAAAGCGUUCGUUCGCUUUAACAAGUUUCCACGUAGGCUAUUAUCUUCUCGGAGACUGAAAUGUUUUACAACUUAUAACAAAGAACACACCAAGACAUGGUUUCAAAGCAUGGAAACAGAAGACGUAACGGUUAGAGAGCAACUAUUCCACGACCGAGUCCGAGAAAACAUUAUUUGCGUGCUGCUUUUCAUUUGCCUGUACAUCUUGUCGCACUUCAUUCUCACCCACUUCAAGAAGAAUGCUGAGUUUGUCGCUGAUGACAUUGAGGAUGCCACUGUCAACAAAAUUGCGCUCUGGCUGUGUACAUUCACACUCUCAGUGGCCGUAUGCGCGGUGCUGCUCCUGCCCAUCUCCAUCCUGUCCAAUGAAGUUCUGCUCACAUUCCCACACAGUUACUACAUGCAGUGGCUCAAUGGCUCACUCAUUCGUGGCUUGUGGAACCUAGUCUUCUUAUUCUCGAACCUUUCGUUGGUAUUCCUCAUGCCAUUUGCCUAUUUCUUUACUGAAUCAGAGGGAUUUGCUGGGUCCAAAAAGGGCAUUAUGGCGCGGGUCUAUGAGACCGCUGUGAUGCUGCUGCUCCUCAGUCUGCUGGUGCUGGGCAUUGUUUGGGUGGCAUCAGCCAUCCUCCAUCACAACACUGCACGUGAGAGUCUUUAUGACCUGUGGGAAUAUUACCUGCCCCAUCUUUAUUCUGGAUUUUCACUCUUUGGAGUUCUGCUGCUUUUGUUGUGCACACCCUUUGGGCUUUCACGUAUGUUUAGCGUCACUGGGAGCUUAUUGGUUAAACCUCGGUUGUUGGAGAACUUAGAAGAGACCAUGAACUGCACCGUUUUUGAAGAGGCCUCUCUGUCCAGGAAGUUGAAAAGUAACACCUGUUGGAUCAGUGCAAACACAGAGGCCAUCAACAACGAAUUUUUGAGUGUGAAGUCCAAACGCAUAGCUUUAGAGCUGCGGAAAAAAGCAUCACCAUGGCAGCGCAACCUGGGAUACCCAGUGGCCAUGCUGCUGCUUUUAGCUUUAACGGCGGUGUCUGUGCUGAUGGUGUGUUUCCAUGUGCUUGAACUGCUCUUUGAUGAGUCUGCUAUGCCUAGAGGAAUGGAGGACCCUCACUUGGGCCUUGCCUCGUUCUCUAUGUUCGGUUCUCUGGGAGCUGCAGUGCAGGUGGUCAUCAUCUUGUAUCUCAUGGUCUCCUCGGUUGUUGGCUUCUACAGCUCUCCGCUUUUCACCGGUUUGCUGCCACGUGCACAGGACACAACCCUCACACAGAUUAUAGGGAACUGUGUUUCUCUUUUAAUACUCAGUUCAGCCUUGCCUGUUUUCUCCCGCACAUUGGGAAUCACAAGGUUUGAUCUGCUUGGAGACUUUGGACGUUACAACUGGCUUGGCAGUUUCCACAUUGUUUUUCUGUACAACAUGCUUUUUGCUGGACUCACGUCCGCCUGCCUCAUCAACACAGUCACAUGGGCCUUGCAAAGAGAACUCAUCCGUGCCUUUGGUCUCCACAAACUGCCUCUGACUGUGUCUCGAUCAACCAUCCCCCUCAAACUACUCCUAGCCAAUGGGCUCUCAAAGAUUCACUGAAGAGCGAUGAGAUUUUUGAUGCAUCGUUGGCUAUUGAAGGCUCUGGAUGCCAGUCUAUGGCUUUGUUCUGUUGGACCAGAGCUAUUUUGUGUCCAUUUUAGGUGAAUAGUCACCAAAGCUGUUUACAUGUCGACCGAUGGGACCUCCCAAGUGGGAUUCUGCAAGUGCAGUUUUAUGCGUUGUUUACUUCAGUAAUAUUUACGCAUAUUGCUGCAUUUAAUAAAGGGAUGUCAAAUCACUGCACGCCUUGAACAGUCGCCGUAUGAAAAAUGAACAAUGGCUACAGAGGACUUUGACAUGCGUCCAGACAGGAGAGCUAUUUCAGAGGAUGACAUCACAGCCAUGACCACGUUUCCUUUUCCUGGUGGUGGAAUGAGAGUGUUGAGUUCUGUCCUGGUGGGCCCCCCAUGCUUUCCCCUUGUAUAUCACUAUUUUUAGUGUCAUCCAAUGAAUCCAUUCUCUAUACUGUGGGUCCUUACUGCACUGGCAUAGGAAGUCCAGUCUGACUGCGUUUGUCUGCCUCGAACCUGAGAAAAGGGAUGAAAGCGUAAAAAGUGACACUGAUCUUUUUGUAGAGUUUAGGUUUUAAAAUGUGUUUAAAAAGAUGCCUGAAAGUGAUUUCAAGCUUUAGGCCAAGACAACUGUGAAUGUUUAGGGACUUUGGUCCCCCUUUUUGUUAUAUUUAAUAUGUGACUCUUUAACGUGCAAUAUUGUAUUAAGAAAGCUGACACAAUUAUGCAAAUCUAACUGGACUUGCUUGUGCUGAUGACCAAAAGAAGGUGUUUGGCCCAAUUAUGAACACCUACGUUGGGCAAUAAGGUCAAAGUUUGGUUAGCUCAUACGUUUUGGGUUAAACUGUGUAUAGGGACAAUCGACGCACAUGACCAUUUCUUGUUUCACGGACAUUGUUGCUGUGAUUUCAUACAUGUGGACUUUUUUGAUUCAAUAAUCACUCGUUUUAUAUGGUGCAGUAUUAUGUUGAUCAAGCUGUUGUUUAUUCUUUUGUAUGAGCUAUUAUUUAUGAAUUUGUGUCUGUAUCAGCAUCUUUUUAAAGAAAUGUUCUUCAAGCGGUGGCCAGUAGAGGACAGUGUGCCACAAAUCCAUCAUUGCAAAAUCUCUACUUAGGGUUGUUCCUCAACCAUGUUUUAAUAACAUGAUACUUGCAUAAAACAGAUUUUCUUUUUCUUUGAGUAAUGUUUACAGUAAUGUAGCUGUUCAAAGAUGAAUGUAAAUCAUUGCUUAAAGGGAUAGUUUACAAAAAAAAUAAAAUUUCAUGUUUCAAACUUGUGGAACGCAAAAGAUGUUUUGAAGAAUGGUCUAAAACAACAUUGGACCCCAUUGAUGACAAUAUUAAUAUUUCAAAAUAUGUGUUCAUACAGGUUCAUAAUGAAGUGAGGAUGAGUAAAUAAUGACAAUUCAUUUUUGGGUGAACUGUCCCUUUAAGUAUUUUUAUACUCUCACAAAAUUAAUUUUUACAGUUUUAAAAAAACGGAUCCAUGAUGACUCUCCUGCAUUACUGGAAUAUAUAUGAAUAUCUAUUUUAUUUCAUUAUUAGAGAAGUCUUACAGGCAACAAAGUAAAUACAGUGAGCAUAGCUCAUUUUUUUAAAUCUCACAGUUCUGACUUUCAAUUGUGCAAUUGUGUUUACAUCGCAAUUCUAAGGAAAAAAAGUCAAAAUUGUGAGUUUAAAUCUCGCAAUUCUGACUUUAUUUCUCGCAAUUGUGAGUUUAUAUCGCAAUUCUGACUUUUUCUCAAUUGUGAGUUUGUCUCGGUUCUGACAAAGUCAGAAUUUAGUUUAAAUCUCAGUUCUUUCAAUUGUAAAUUUAUAUCACAAAAUUCUGAGAAAAAAAGUCAGAAUUGUACGCAAUCCCGCAAUUCUGACUUUAUUGCUUGCAAUUGAGUUUUUGUCUCAGUUCUGAGAAAUAAAGUCAGAACUGCGAGAUAAAAACUUGUAAUUGUGAGUUUAUAUGACAAAAUUCUGAGGAAAAAAGUCAAAAUUGUAAGUUUAUAUCUUGCAAUUCAAAUAGUCAGAAUUGCGAGACAAAAACUUGUAAUUGUGAGUUUAUAUCAUGCCAUUUUGAGAAAAUAAGUCAGAAUUGUACGUUUAUAUCUCGCAAUUCUAAUUUUAUAACUCACAAUUGUGAGUUUAUAUUAUGCAAUUCUGACUUCAUUGCUCUCAGUUCUCAGUUUUUGUCUCAGUUCGGAGAAAUAAAGUCAGAAUUGCGAGAUAAAAACUUGUAAUUGUGAGUUUAUAUGAUGCAAUUCUAAGGAAAAAGUCAGAAUAGUGAGUUUAUAUUAUGCAAUUGAGGAAAAAAGUCUGAAAUGUGUCCUGCAUUACUGGAUUAUAUAUGGAUGUCUAUUUUAUUUAAUUUUUAGAGAACUCUUACAGGGAACACAGUAAAUACGUUGAGCAUUACUGAGUUUUAAAAAAGAAAUGAUCAACAUUUUAUGUUUGUUUAAAAAAAAUCCAGCUUCAUCCUUUAAUGCGAGGUUAGCAACUGUAACAAACCACUUCUCCUCAUUGCAUCCGAAACGAGAAGAACAAUAAAUGUGUUUACAUUUGUUUUUCCUA